GUAUCGACUGCUCUUUUUAAUUAACACUAGUUUGCUCCGCAUUAAGCUAGUUUAAAAGUAAACAGUGAAUGAAACGCGGGUGGGGUCAUAGUUGCCUCGUACCAAAUAGUUUUCCAAAAAAUUACAUUCUUGACUACUGGUCAAUUGAAGUGAUUGUUAUUUCGAGCUGUGUGGGCUAUUUUUAAAUGAAAAAAACGAGACAGAACAAAGAUCUAAUUUUCUGAACUUUAUCAGAAAGUGUGAGAGAUUUACAUCUCGCUCUAGUGAAAAAAUUCAAAUUCUCAUAGAGCAAUUGAUUCAUUGCAUCUUUUCUCAAAGAAGAAUUCUUUUUAAAUCGUGAAUUUCAACUCAGUUCAAGAUGGGUUUGGGGUUCAGAAAAAGUUUUCAAGGAUUCAAAAAGGAUUUGAGGCAGCUCAUGAGACCUUAUUAUAUUAUUAAUAUGUUUCUCAGCCUAUCAUAUAUUGUUUGCAAGAGGUUACCUUAUGUUUGUCAUUUUUUGUUCAAUCAAGCGGACUGUCAACUCGAUGAUAGAGAAACUGAAAUAUUAACUUUUUUGAUGAUAGUUAUUAUGAUGAGAACAAGAAAAACUGGCAGUCUCAGCAUGAUUAAUUAUCUAUCAAACAGUUUUGUAUACUGCAAGGUUGCAAAUUUGAUUCUGUGGUUCCAUGCAGACAUAACCCUUGGAAUUUUAUACGCAGUGAUAUUUAUGUUGUGUGGUCUACUUUGCCCAGAACCAACAUAUCAAGGUCCAGAAAAUGUUAUUUACCUGCGUGGUGGCAAUAGCUUACAAGAAGAAUUAGAACGUGAUACAAGAGUCUGUUGGCUGAUUGCAUUUUAUACUGUAUGGAAUCCAGCUUGUGUAAAUUUCGCACCCAUCUUUUCUGAGUUAUCUGCUAAAUAUGCUUUAGACAAUUUUAAAUUUGGAAAAGUAGAUAUUGGCAGACAUCCAGAAGUUGCUGCAAAGUAUCGCAUAAAUGAUUCCAGUAAAAGUCAACAAUUACCAUCUUUAAUUCUCUUCAAAGAAGGCAAAGAAGUAGAACGAAGACCUGUAGCUGAUCGUCAGGGCAAACUGAUGAAGUUCUUAUUUUCAAUGGAUAACAUCAAAAAUGCUUUUGAUAUUGAAGGGGUUUAUGAAACCUGCUUAAAAAAUCCAAUCAAAAUGAAAGGUAAAAAAGACAAAAAAGAUGAAUAAGGAGAUCAAAAAACCUUAGGCCAAAGAGAUUAUCAAAUUUGCACAAUCUUUAUUAUAAAUAAUGAUUACAUUAUAUUACAUUUAGGAACUUGUUUUAUUGUAGUAUUGAACUAGACAAUUAUAAAUCAUAAUUACAAUAUGAGUGAGUUGAAAAAAAAAAUCUUUAAGAAAGUAGUCUUAACUUUGAACCUGUUUGGUUCAUAUAAUAUAUGACAUUUAAGAAAACAAUGUCAUUGAAAGAACUAAUUUAAAAAUUCAUGAGUGAUGAUAGUAUUUAUAAGUUCCAAGCUGAGUUUUCUGAAAAUGAUAGUAUGUUGGAGAGUAAAUUGUAUGUGUUUGCUUGUGUAGUCAUCUUUGCUGUAGAUACAUUUAAUAUUGUCUGAUAAAAAUAGCAGCACUGCCUUUUGUGUAAGUAAGUCAUUUACAUUUAAAAAUGUAUUGAUUUAAAAUUUUUUACCUUCAUUGUACAAAAGUAUAAUAAGGAUUCAUAGUCAUUCUAUCUACUGAUGAAUAUGUAGAUACAUGAUUUAACAGUCAUAUAAUGUGUUGUGCAAUUUUGCUUGAACUUUUAUAAUAAA